AUGGUUUGGGAUACCAGAUGCAACAAGAAAGAUGGAUUUUAUAGGCAGGUAAAUCAAAUCAGUGGAGCACACAAUGUGGUUGACAAGCAGACUCCUUCCAAGCCCAAGAAGAAGAGGCAGAACCUAAGAGGUCUUGCUCCCCUGGUGGAUUUCCAACAGAGUGUAACUGUGGUGCUGCUUCAGGAUGAACAUACUCUUAUCUCUGCAGGAGCUGUUGACGGCGUGAUCAAAGUUUGGGACUUGCGCAAGAACUAUGCUGCUUACCGUCAGGAGCCGGUGCCUUUCAAGUCUUUCUGCUACCCCGGCACCAGUACUCGCAAACUGGGAUAUUCUAGUCUGGUUUUGGAUUCCACUGGUGCUAAUCUCUUUGCUAACUGCACUGACGACAGUAUCUACAUGUUCAAUAUGACAAGUUUAAAGACCACUCCAGUGGCGGUUUUCAGCGGACACCAGAACUCUAGCUUUUACAUCAAAUCCAGUACUAGCCCAGAUGACCAGUUUCUGGUGAGCGGCUCGAGUGACUGCAACGCGUACAUCUGGAAGAUUGCCACGUGCUCUGAUGACAACACUGUGAGAAUUUGGCGCCUACAACAUUGUCUUGAGGAGGAGAAGUCAGCGUUCAGUAAAACCAACUUGGUGGGCUGGGUCACACAAAAGAAAACAGAACAACGUGGAGCAGCAUCACCAGCCAGCCUACGGAAUACUCCUGCCAAGGCUGUUACAGUGGGCAAUCCGUGCGUUUCCUCGCCACGUCCGGCUGCCUGUGCUCCCAGUUAUUCUGGAGACCUUCCUCUUUCUACAAACACUCUAACGGUCUCUCUCAAAACCCAAAUUGCUGCAGCCUGCACACCAGCAAAGCGGAGUGGAGCCAGCCCAUGCGAUUCUCCCAAACCUGUGCCUUCCUCCAAAAUGUCCAUUAAACACUGGGUAACCAGGACUCCGUCGUCUUCUCCUCCAGAAGUGGGGAAAAAGGCUCUUUCUCCUAGAAAAGCCCUGGCAGAAGUCACACAAGGUCUCUUGGAAGCAUCUAGCACUCCUAAAGCACCACACUCACAGGUUGAAAAGCGUGCCAAGAGGAGGCUUGACUGCAGCAAGGAAGGCGACGUGAGACAGAAGUGUCUGCAGGCCUGCAGCUGUGUGACUGAACUGGACCAUGUGGCUAAGAAGUCCAAGCUGAAUUUAUGUCACUUGGCUGCAGAGCAGAAAGCUUGCGAUGAAGGCUCUCUAAGUCUGGCUGACAUGGAUAAUGAGCACGAAGGCUCUAGCCACAGCCCAAAAGAGCCUUCUCUUUCUGGAAGCCGUAUUAAUCCAUCCGAUGUUCAAACUCCCACUCUUCUUUUCCAAUCUCCUUGUGGAAAAGGCACGGAUGUAGUAGAUAAAGAGAAUAGUUCACCCGAACGAAAAAACUGGCUGUCUGCUCUGGGAGAGAAGCUACGGACUGGCAAAGCUGGCAGCCCCCCGUCAUCUUACAGUCCCAGUGCAAAACGACAGGAUGCUGCAGCAGUGGCCACCUCACCGAAAAAUGUAAGUGGGACGGUCAGGGACAGUGGUAACGAAAGAAGUUUUCCCUAG